AUGCCACCUCAGUUGGCCAAAGCUAAAGAGAUAAAUUUAAUUGAUCAGGUAACGGGUAGAUGGGACCAUCAUUUGCUCACUGAUAUUUUCCUACCAAAUGAUGUGUCUAGGAUCAUGAAGAUACCAAUUUCCCCAGAUUAUGAUGACAUGUGGUACUUGCAUGGGGACCCCAAAGGGUGUUAUUCUGUUAAGAAUGGCUACAGGCUCAUUGUUGGGAAUUAUGAGAAUAAUGUAAAUAAUGGUUUCACAAAAUGGCUCACUCUAUGGAAACUAAAAAUUCCACCCAAAUGGAAAACCUUUCUAUGGAGAGGUAUAAGUGAUAUCCUACCCACUACCUACAAUUUUCUUAUAAAGAGGGUAGAGGUUGAUCCAUUAUGUGUCAUGUGUGGGAUCACCAAUGAGGACACUAUGCAUUCAUUGGUUUUGUGUGGAUAUGCUAAAUCCAUAUGGACGCUAUCCAACCUUCCACUCCCAAAUAUUGUGACAAAUAUUUUUCAUGAAUGGUUUAGUGCAAUUUUAAAUGUUCUAGACUCUGAUGGGAUUAUCUACGCAGCUGCAAUAUUAUAUCAUCUAUGGAGAGCGCGAAAUGGAGCAGUAUGGGAUGCAUGUCUACCACUCCCAAAGAAGGUGUUAGCUAUGGCCAAAGCCACCAUGCGGACAUGGCAACAAAUCCAUGCCAAUGCACCAAGCCGAACACUAACCGGUCGAACCACCACCGAUAAUGUCCAGCAGCGCACGCCCGAGCCACAACCACCAAUUGGAGAUGCCGUCACUGUCCAGUCUACUUGA